GUUAGUGUGGGGACAGAUCAAGCUAUAUCAGGGAGCCCCCGAGGCAGCAGCUGAAGCUGAAGCUGGAGUAGGGAUGGAGGCUGACAGGACAGUGUUGUGCUCUGAGUCGUCAAGGGUCUGCCAAGCACGACCAGACCCCUGUCUGCUGCAGGCACGGGUGCUGACAAAGCUGCUGGAGACAGAGGAGAGGUAUCUGCCGAACACGGGGGCGUUUCUAUCGCUCCAGCCGGAGAUUCAGCCCCACAUGAGGAGCAGGCUGGCCUGCUGGAUGUUGGAGGUUUGUGAAGAGGAAGGCUGUGAGAAGGAGGUGUUCCCUCUGGCGAUAAGCUACCUCGACCGGUUCUUAUCGGCAGUGCCAUUGGAGAAGUCAAGGCUGCAGUUGCUCGGCUCGGCUUGCCUGCUCCUGGCCUCUAAGCUCAGGGAAACACAGCCGCUGUCCAUAAACAGUGUGUGCGCCUACACUGCCCACUCAUCCAGGCCUGGGGAACUGCGGACAAUGGAGCUGCUGCUUUUGAAUAAACUGCAUUGGGACAUCGCAGCCCCAACUGCCUUGGAGUUUGUGGAGCAUUUAAUACGAGCCACAAGCCUGGCAAGGGUCAAAGAGCAAGUUGUCCGAAAGCACACAGAGACUUUCAUCUCACUCUGCGCAAUAGAUUGUGAGUUUACCUCAUAUCCACCGUCCGUGAUUGGGGCAGCCAGCCUUGUUGCCGCAAUAACCGGCCUCCAUGAUGGGCAGAAUGAACAUUGCCUUGUGCACCGGGAGCUGACUGAUCACCUUGCACACUCCAUCCACUGUGACCCGGAGUGUUUGCGAACCUGUCAGGAGCGACUGGAGGCCGCGCUUCAGGCCUGGUUACAGCAGUCCCGUUGCCGCGCUCCGCCUCGUGCCGCCAAGUCUGGGGAGCGGGAACGUUCUCGAACCCCCACCGACAUCCGGGACAUCAGGCUAUGACGAGAUGCCCAGGCGGAUUGGGCUAGACGUGAGCGGGACCUGGACCUGGACUCUCAACGGAGAGGGAGGUCGGAGACCCCUCUGUUUGUACUCGGCUGUGAGUGGGAACAACCCCGGGGGCAAUCUUCCUCAUGGGUCUCAGAUAAUCGUCAAGGAGUCAAGGCCGGUGAGAACCAACUCAUUGACCGGGAAAAUGAGGGAGACUGGGGCCACCGGUGACAGGAUGGGGUGGCCAUUCAGCCCAUCUGAACUGCUCCUCCAUUCACACCCAUCUCGUCAAGUCCAUUUUUCUGCCUCCUUUCCAUUCUGCCCAUUCCCAGCCCAACAAGAAAUCUAUUAUCUCAACCAUGAACGUGCCAGGCCACUCCGUUAGUUUUAAAUGAACACUUGAAAUGCUGCAGCAUACAAGGCUCUGGUGGUGGUGCCCCUACCUCUGAGCCAGGAGACUGGGGUUCAAAUACCACCUACUCCCAGAGGAGUGUGAUAACAUCCCUAAACAGUUAGGUUCGAAAAUAUCUACAAGGUUAUUGUCCAAGUGCUGGAAAAUGGGAUUGGAAGAGAGAUGCUUCAUGACCAGAAUGGACAUGGGCCAAAGGCAUUUUUACUGUGCUGUAAAAUUCUAUGACUCUAUUAGUCCACUACAACUGGAGUGGACUCGAUGGGAUGAAUGGUUUCUUCCUGUUGCCUGUAAUCCAGUCUCUCUCUUUCUCAUCCUUGUUUUAAGACUGUAUCCAUUGAUUAGGGAACCAUAUGUAACAGGGAUCCGAGGCCUGUGAGGCAGGUAGCAGUUGUCAAUCAUCCUUUGACAUCAACUGUGGAAACCGUUAAAUGGUUCCUUCAGCUAUUUCAUUAUUAUUUAACUAUUUAUUUUCAAUUGUUUUAAUUUAAGUGCCUGUAUUUAAGUUAACAUUUAAUGUCAGAUUUAUUCAUCGUUUAAUAAAAUUCACUGAUCUCAUUUCCCAAAUGUCUACCAAACUCACUGAACUGGUGCAUUCGACCGAACUUGGUCUGUUCCCUUGUCAGUUGGUUUCCUUGACUUUUUACUCCCUCAC